AUGGCGUCGGCGACGCCGGGUUUGUACACCACAGUGCUCACCUGUCCAACCUUUGUCUUCGAACCCGAAUCAAUCCUCUCGUGUCGCAACAAAUUUCCUACCAAAAGGUUGCCAAAAAUAUGCAGAGGCGAAUUCGAUCACAUGUUAUCCACAUUGGUUAGGUACCAGAACCAGAACAUUGGUCUAGAGAGCUUCACAAUGAAGGCACACAUACACGAGGCAAAUAUGAAGCAGAUUUGCAACCGAUGCGUCGAAUUGGCCACCACUGGAAGAAAAGGAUUGAGAAGCCUGACUCUGUCUCCUGAUUUUGGUUUUAACAACACAAGUGUCUUGCCUUCAUCAGUUUUCCAAGUCGAAUCAUUGGUUGAAUUAAGUUUAGGCUCGUGUACAGUUUUGCUUGAACAACACCCAUCCUGGCCUAAUCUCAUCAGACUCUCUCUCAGAUUCAUGCGUUUUGAAAACCUGGAGGCCUGGAUCGAGAAGGUCAUUCAGGGCUGCCCUCUAAUUGAAGCCAUGAAGAUUAAUGAUUGCCUGGAUAUUGAUGAUGGUCGACAACAUUAUUUCAAGGUUACAAACCUCGAAAAACUUACGCAACUGAAUGUUUUUGUUUAUCCAGGAUACAGUGUUGAAGUGGGUGCGACCCCAAAUUUGGAAUCCCUGACUUGUGGAACAUACACCAGGGAACUCGUCUAUUCUUGGCCUGAUCUGUGUCAACCCGGAUAUCAAAACUUGAAAAGGUUGUACCUUUCUAAUAACUUGGGAAUCAAUGGAAAUCAUUCCCAUGAUCACGACUUUUCCUCCAUGGACUGGACACAGCAGUUCCCUCAGCUUGAAGAAUUAUCCAUCCAAGACUACACAAACUUGCAAAGGGUGAACAUCUCGAGUCGAUCACUGAGGAAAAUAAAGCUGGUAGGCCUCAUAAGAUUGGAGGAGGCUUACUUUAUGUGCCUAGAAUCGCAGUUUUCGAGUACAUCCACCUGA